AUGCAGAUGCCACCUGCGCCCCAGCAAGUGUCGCAACAGCAGCUCCCACCACAGCAUCCCCACCAGGUCAACCACGGCCACCCUUCUCAGCAGCAAUACUCUACCCCCAUAUCCCAAUAUCCUAGCUCUGAGAAUAUCCAAAGCAAUGGGAGCCAGGUCGCCGGAACCCCGGCCACCUCCAUCAUCCCUUCACCCCGCCUCCCUCCGAACCAGUCGCUGCUGCAGUCCAUCUCCAAAGUCGAUGAGGCAACGGGUAGGAAACUUGUUGUCGAACAACAACCGAAGCGGGCGCGCAUGUGCGGCUUUGGCGACAAGGACCGACGCCCAAUUACCCUCCACCUUGCCUCCAUUGACCAUGGCAUGUUUGUGCUUAACGUAGACCUAUGGAACGAAGAUGGCUCGCGCGAAGUUAACCUUGUCCGCCACUCGAGUGGCACACCGUCGAUUUCCUCCACGACGCCGGCGUCGUAUGGCAGCCUCACCUCAUCGACUCCCGCCUUCGCCAACAUUCUCCCAUCACACCGCGACUCGCCAUACCCGCCAUCCGAUAUGGGCGGUUAUGGUCAGCCCGUCAUGCCUCAGUAUGGGAUGCCUCCCGGAUACGGCCAAGCUCCUUCGCCCUAUGGACAGCCUCCCCAGCCAGGCUAUCCUCAAUCACCGUACAUGCCACCAAACGCCUACUCACCCGCAAAUCAGUAUUACCCACAGGGUGAUUUCCGGGCCAAUAUGGGAGGAGUCCCUCAGCUUCCUUCGAACAGCGCCAUGAGCCACUAUGGCGCGACGUCUCCCGGCUACGGCGAUCUGAGCCGCAUGGGCCAGAACCAGCCCCAGGGAAUGUUCACGCGUAAUCUCAUUGGAAGCCUCGCAGCUAGCGCCUUCCGUCUUAUUGACUCGAAUGAUAAGAUUGGCAUCUGGUUCGUCCUCCAAGAUCUUAGCGUUCGAACCGAGGGUCAUUUCAGGCUUCGCUUCUCUUUCGUGAACGUGGGCCCUCCCCCAAUUCCCAACGGGAAUGGAGACGGCCCAGUGGUUAACACGGGCAAGUCACCGGUGCUCGCGUCCUGCUUCAGUGACGUGUUCACUGUGUUCUCUGCCAAGAAAUUUCCCGGUGUUUGCGAGAGCACCUCGCUCUCCAAAUGCUUUGCCCACCAGGGAAUCAAGAUACCCAUCAGAAAAGAAGCAAACAGCAGGGGCGGUGACGAUGACGAUGAUUACUAG